AUGGCUUCAGCUACAUCUCGUACUAUAUUUCCUAUGUUUUUUGGUCGUCGUCAUCCGGAUAAAUUAAGUGAUGGAGCAUCAACACCUCUUAAACUUAUUCGUUUACAAAUUGAACAAAAGGUCAAUGGAAAUUUUCCACUUAUUCAUCAAAUAGCUACAACAAUGACAUUUAAAAAUACGCAUAAUAUUAUUCUUGAAGGUGCUUUUGAAUUUACAUUACCCGAAAAGGCAACGAUUUGCGGUUAUGGCCUUGAUGUAGAUGGUGUUAUUGUUGAUGGUGUCGUUGUUGAAAAACAAACUGCUCGUAUAAUAUUUGAAAAAGAAGUUCGAAAACGAAUUGAUCCUGGUUUUGUUGAAUUAGUUACUGGCAAUAUAUUUCGUACUCGAGUUUAUCCUAUUGAACCACAAAAAACUCGUACUGUUCGUGUUAUAUAUCAAGAUCAAGCUAUAGCGAAUAAUAAUGACUUAUUAUAUCAAAUACCAAUUCAAUUUCAAACACAACUUGAAAGUCUCGAUAUCGUUCUUACAUGUUUUGAUCAAGCAACAACCGCAAAACCGAAUUUCGUAAUAAAUUCUAAUCAAAUAAAUUCAAAUGUUCCACAAUUUAUUAGUAAAGAAAAUGGACAGUAUACAGCCGAAUGGCAUUUAAGUAAUGUUCAACCAUCUAUCAAUGGUGAUCAAACACUUUCAUAUAUUAUACCAAAUUCUCUUAAACCAAUUGUAAGUGCUGUGGAAAAAGAUCCAACUAUUGGUGCAUAUUUUACUAUUAGUUGUGCUUUACCCGUACCAACUGAACGUCGAAUUGAUCAACUUGUUAUACCAUCAAAAACAAUCUGUAUUUUAUGGGAUGCAAGUUUAAGUCGUUCAGAUGCUCGAGAUAAACGAUUAGUAGAAUUAAAUGCAUUAAAACAAAUUUUCGAUAUAUGGUUAACUCGUAUGAAACAAAUUGAAAUAAUUCUUAUUAUAUUUCGAAAUGAUAUGGAAGAACAAAAAUUAUUUUAUCUUCAAUCUGAUAAUUGGAAUGUUUUAAUGAAAAUUUUCGAAGAUUUACCAUAUGAUGGUGCAACAAAUUUAUCACAAUUAUCAUCGAUUAAUACUCCACGAACAACUGAUUAUUAUUUUCUUGUUAGUGAUUGUAUAUCAACAAUAAAUAAUGAUUCAAUGAUAGAAAAUUUUUAUUCGAAUUUUAAAGCACCAGUAUGGAUUUUUAAUGGGAAUCAUUUACAUGAACCCUAUGAUAUGGAUUUUAUUAAUUAUUUAACUCAAUAUAAUUCAUAUGGUGGUGGUUAUUUAAAUCGUGAAAAAUUAGAAUUGAAUUCAAAUGAUUUAAUAAAUCUUAUUGAAACUAUUCAAAUAAAAUAUAUUAAACUUCAUUCAAAUUCAACUGUACAACAAAUAUAUCCAAGUAAUUCAAUAUCGAUUCCAUUAAAUUCAGAACGAUUUCUACUUGUUGGACAAAUUCCAAAUCCAUUACCGAAUUCAAUUCAAUUAGAAUUAGAAUUUUCAUUGAAUACUCAAAAUUCUCGUGUAUCAAUUACACUUGAUAUACCAUCAAAUGAAUCCAAUCAUUUUGGUUUAAUUCGUCGAUUAUGGGCACAACAAAAAUUAAAUGAAUUAAAUGCAUUUAAAGAUAAAUAUAAAUCAGAUAUAUUAUCACUUGGAUUAGAAUAUUCAUUAGUCAGUCAAUUUACAUCAUUAUUAGUACUUGAAUCACUUCAACAACAUCUUCAAUAUCAUAUAUGUCCAGCUAAAACACGUUUAGCCUUAUAUAAUCAAUAUAUGCAAUAUAAAACUAAAGAAAACGAUCAAAAAACAAAUAAUUUAUCACAAUUAUUAAAACAAUGGAAUGAAAAAUGUCAAUGGUAUGAUCGCAUUAUUACUGAUAUUGAUCGUCAUCGAGCUUAUUUACCAAGAAAUACUGUUACAUCACACCCACACUCUCAACUAUUUGGAUUCGGUCCACCAACUACUUCACCAACUAGAUUCGGUGCAGCAACUACUUCACCGGCUCCCGUAGGGGGAUUUACAUUCGGUGCAACGCCUCCUGCUAUGAAUUCUACUACAUUUUCUUCAACUAUAUUUGGUCCUUCUUCACAACAACAGCAAAUAUCUACUUCAACAAAUGUCUCAAAAGAGUCAUCAUUAUCUACAACAGAAGAAUCUUCAACAAUUCAUAUCAAUGAAUAUAAUCCACAAUCGUCAUAUAUAACACGAUUAUCAUCUUCAAGUGAUAGAAAUAGUGCUUAUGCAAUUUAUCUCGAUGAACGAACAUUAAACCGACAAUCAACUUCAUUUUAUUUUGAUAUUGCAUCUUAUUUUUUCUCAACAAAAUCUUUUUCAUCGAUAUUAAAUCAAUUUAAUCAAAAACAAGAAAUUAUCCAAACUACCGAUCAUAAAUCAAUUGAAUAUGGUUUACGUAUAUUAACAAAUAUUUUAGAAUUAGAAUUAGAAUCACCGCAAUUAUAUCGAACAGUUGCAUAUAAAUUAAUGGAAUUAAAACAAUGGAAUUUAGCUUUGAGUAUAUGUCGAAAAAUAUAUUUAUUACGUUCUGAUGAACCACAAUCAUUACGUGAUUUAGCUCUUGUUCUUAUUGAACUUGGUGAAUAUAAUCAAGCAUUAGAAUACUUGAAACAAAUUCUUAUACAAAUAUGGGAUGAAAGAUUUCAAGCAAUUCAAAUAAUUGUUUUAUUAGAUUUAAAUCGAUUAUUAAUUCUAAUGAAUCAAGCAACACCGGUUAUUGAUUUUCGUUUUAUACGUCAUUUACCUGUUGAUAUUCGAAUUGUUAUUCAAUGGGAUACACCAGAUACAUUAAUUAGUCUUUCAAUUAAAGAACCAACUGGUCAAGUAUGUAGUAAUCAUUCCGGAUCACUUCAAACAGAUAUUGGUGGAUAUAUAACAAGAAUAUCAUUUCAAAAUCCAUAUCCAGUUGAAUAUUUACUUCGUCAAGCAAUUGAUGGAAUAUAUUCAAUUAGUUUAUCUUAUAUACGUAAUGCUCAACAUACACUUACAGGUGUUACAACAGUUUUAGUUUAUAUUUAUAAAUAUUUUGGUUCAAUUAAUGAAGAAAAACAAAUUCAAACAGUACGAUUAACUGAUUGUAAUCAAACAGUUGAUGUCGGUCAAAUUGAAUUUGGUAAGUCGGAUUUAGCAAAACUUAAAGAUGAAUUACAAAAAACAAAAGAUGAAUGUCAUCGUCUACAAAAUCAAUUAAUGAUUAACAAAUUACAGCCUAUACAAUCGUCUAUUCAACAUUUGAAUGUGACAUGUGAUGGAUGUUUUACAACACCUAUAAUAGGUGAUAGAUAUAAAUGUCUAUUUUGUCCUAAUAUAGAUUUCUGUCAAAAUUGUAAAUCAUUAACUAACCUUCAACAUGAUUCAAAUCAUCCAUUAUUAUGUAUGCAUGACUCAACUUUGUUUGCAUCAUCAAUCUUCCUUCAAAACAUUAGUGAAAUAUCACACACGAACGCGCAAUGUACAUCGUGCACUAUGUUACCUAUCAUUGGUAUACGUUAUUAUUGCGUGACAUGUAAAAUCAAUUUAUGUGAAAAAUGUGAAUUUCUUGGUUUACAUGACAUUUCACAUCAACGUUUAAAAAUCAUUUAUCCACAAUAG